AUGAAGACCUUUGUCGACAACGUUUGUCGCCAAGUGGUGGAGCGCCACAUUAUGCAAAAGCUUCCAUUAAUUUUUGAACCGACAGCCGUUAGCUGCAUGUCAGAUGAAGAGCUUGCUCGCAUUACCACGGAGCCGGAGCAGAAUGUGAGGCGGCGAAAAGAACUCCAGUCUUUGGUUAAUGCGCUUGAAAAAAGCCUUGAAGAUCUGGAGUAUUGA